AUGUGGUCCUCUCUGCGUGCACUCACGUCGCUCAACCCGUCGGUGCGCACACGUCGAGCUGCGACAUCCACGUUCUUCAUCACCACGUUUGCGGCUUCGAUCCUGACGGUUUCGUUGAGCGCAUCGACCAUGCUCCCGUGUCCGGCCAACAAGCGCGCGCGCGCAACACUCGCCGACGAAGACGUCUCGAACACCGACGACCCCAUGCCCAUAGGUCACAAGGUGCGAUUGACCAGAAAGGGCGGCUGGAUCGAGAUCGAGCAUCCGCUCAAGAAAUCACAUCCUCCGUCAUCACCAAACUGA